AUGGGUUUGCAGUCUUGCUCAGAUUUUGAUUCUCCAACCUGCGUGGAUCUUCUCUGGCCACGCGUAUAUAAGGUACCGCUGCCUAUAAUCGUUGGCAGUGUCAACAUUACUCCGAUACAAGUCCUUACGCUCCUACUAAAGUUCCAGAAAGACCCCAAGAUGUCCCUUGCGAGGAGUCUCCGGCUUCUGCGGCGCAUGGCGGUGCCUGCCCUGCAGCCUUCCCGCGGCCUGCACGUCAGAGGUAAGGCGACGAUGGUGUCGGCCGCCAUCCGCGCCGACCUGGCCAGCCCCCCCGCCAUCCAGUCCGCCCUCCCCGCGCAGCACCUCACCGCCAAGGUCAUGUUCGACGACCACACCUACGCCGACUUCAAGUACAUUUGGCUGCGGGACAACUGCCAGUGCCCGAAGUGCAUCGACGCAAGCACCAAGCAGAAGCUGGUGGACACGCCCCACCUCGACGUCAACCUAAAGCCUCUUUCGCUCACCAUCAAUGGGGAGGGGAAGCUGGCGAUCUCGUGGGCGGAGGCCGACGGGAGCGAGCACAACUCCGUCUACGACCCUGCCUGGCUCUUCAAGUACGGCCAGUCCUUCAUGCACAACAACUUCGCGAGUGACACCGUCGACAUGGACCUCCUGCCGCAGCGUCCUGAGAUGGAACUGUGGGACCGAACCUCCAUCUGGGCUUCCUUCCCCGAACUCUCCUACAACGAGUUCAUGGAGACGGAAUCCGGACUCGGAGUCUGGCUGGACAUGUUCUACAGGUAUGGAGUGGCUGUGCUCCGUGGUGUGCCAACAGAGGUCAACAAGAUUGUGGAUGUGGUGAAGCGGUUUGCAUAUGUGAAGGAGACGCAGUAUGGCACCACCUUUGAUGUGAUCAACAAGCCAGUGGAGGGCGCACAUUUGGCCUACACUGGUGUGGCGCUGUCACAUCACACUGACAUGAACUACAGGGAAAAGUCCCCUGGAAUGCAGCUGCUUCAUUGCCUCAAGGCUAAUGACCCCAAGUUGACAGGUGAAGACCCUGGUGGCCGUUCCUUCUUUGCUGAUGGCUUCCGGAUUGCCAGGUGGCUCGAAGAAAAUGAACCAGCUGCCUACCAUAUCCUCACUUCCACUCCAGUCAGGUUCUCCAUCAAGAAUGAGGGCAAGCAGUACUCUGCCCUCUGGCCUAUUCUGUGCACCAACACUGACGGUGAUGUCACAGAGGUCCACUACAACAAUCGCACUAUGAAGCCACUGCAGGCUCCCACCCAUGUGGUCACUCCCUUCUACCAGGCUUACAGGCUGUUCUCGGAGCGCCUGCGUGACCCUGGCAUGGGAUUGGAGUUCAACAUGGUACCAGGUGACCUUGUGGCGUUCAACAACCGCAGAGUUCUCCACGGCCGAACUGCCUUUGAUGCCACUAAAGUUGACAGACAUCUUCAGGGAUGUUAUGUGGAUAUUGACGAGGCCUUCGCGAAAUAUGAUAGCCUUCGCUCAAAGUUUCACCAGAAGUGAGUGCACAGUCAAGUGGAAGAAGGAGGAGGGGGAGGGGAAGGAAAAGCAGUGAAGAGGGAGGAGAGGGAGAAGGAUAAGCAGUAAAGAGGGAAGAGGGGGAGAAGGAUAAGCAGUAAGAAGGGAGGAGGAGGAGCAGUGAGAAGUUAGAAGAAGGAUAAGCAGGGAAGAGGAAGAUUAAGAAGUAUAACAGUGUGAAGAAGGAGAAGCAGUGAGGAAGGAGGAGGAGGAGGAGGAGGAGUAAAGAGGAAGGAUAAUAAGGAAUAAUAAGGAUAAAUGGUGUAAAGAAAGGGCAGUGAGGAGGGAGGAAGAAGAGAAGAAGCAAUGAUAAAACUGUUGUAAUAUGUCUUUCAUCGCUCCUUUUUGCGUGCAAUAUAAGGAACAAUAGAUAGUUUGUGACUUAGUUUUAGUCUUAUGAUAUCUGUAUUACAAAUCAUGUAUUAGCUGUGCAUAUGCAGCCUCAUGGUGGAUUGUUCAAGGGAAAUGAUUUUGAGCAAGGCUUUUCACUUUAGAAAAUUAUCUUGUAUCUUUAAGUUCAUUCAUUCCAUAGUUUAUCAAAUAUCAGUCAUUCCACUGAUUCAUAUAACCAUUUUUCUAACAUUUUCAAAGUGACUUGCAUUCCUAAAACAAGGCAAAAAUUGGCACUAAUUCAUAUAUGAUUGCAGAUAUUAGCAAAAGCUCCCAAAUGUAUAUUUAUUUGUAGGUGAAAUUUCUGAUUUAGAUCUGUAUCAGCUAAAAUAGGUGUACAUGUUUAUGAAUCUAUUUUAUAAGAUUUUUUUAAUAUAUAAAUCAAAUUUAUAUGAAAGGCUUUGUGGAAUAUCAAGCCACUGUAUAAAAGUGUGAGCUGUGUCACUAACUUGUAAUAGUGAUUAAUUUUGUAUUGGAUAUGAAAUAUUUUGCAUAAAUACUGAUUUACACUGCAGUUUACAAUAUGACAAAUAUUUAUGAUAUUGAAACCCUUUGCUAUUAUUUAAGAAAAGGGUGAUUAAUAAUGUAUGUGCAGCUCUUUCUCUUGUUUUAUUAAUCGCUGAAAGAAAGUCAUGUAUGUUAAAAUAUGAUUAUCACAGAUUAAUCUUUGAAGAAUGAGAUGUAUUUCUCUAUUGCUAAAAUCAUACUGUAUUGCAAAGAACAUCAUUUGCUCUAUAUACUGGCUAUCUCCAGCAUUAAAAUUUAAUGCUGGAUGGUCAGAAAAUGCAAUUGUGUUUUGUAAAGUUUCAAUAAUUUAAGCUGAGGGAUACUUUCAGUGAUAUGAUGUUGAUAGCAUGUACCAAUGCAACAAUGCAAUGCAAACAAGUACAGUCUUAAAGGGUUUUGGUAACAUUUAUUAUUAAGACUGACUGUUAAACUUCUAUAUUUAAUGAAGUAUAAUAUAUCCUC